CGAGCAAAGGCUCUGAAUAUCCCAAGACGGAACUUGUUUCGUAUCUCUUUUUUAGUUGCUUUGCAUUUUCUCUCUCUACAACUACCAACUGCUACUGUCUCUCUCUCUCUAUUUCUCAAAGAAAACUGUAUUUAAUGGCCGCCAAUUUGCAGUGCCGUGGAAUUGCCAAGCAAUUUCUCAGCAUCGUCAGCUCCAGCACUCGCAAAGCUGCUCCCUCUCCUUCCCUCAUCUCUCAUAGGAGGGCUGUGCAUAUGUCUAUGUAUGACAAGAACCCAGAAGAACAUGUUCAUUAUCCAUCAAUUGUCCCGGACGAAGUAAUCCAAAACCAAUCUGCCAAGUACUGGACUCCUCACCCACAAACUGGGGUGUUUGGGCCACCCACCAAUCACACUCUUACUGCUGCUGACUUCCACACCGUGGCUUCAAGCGCUGGUCACUCAGUCUUGGAGAUGAAAGCCUUCUUCCGUCCCCUCGAGGAUUUGGAGAAACCACCCCAUUCUGCCUUCUAG